AUGUUCAGUCUAAGGCAGCUAAAUAAUCAUGUGUUCAUGCCCAGUUCAAUCCUCCAAAAUACUAUAAUACGAAGGUAUGCAGCACAAAUAACAUCUAUACAUGCAAUCACAUCAUUAAAAACAUCACCAACAACAAAACAGCAUACAGUAGAAGAAGGUAAUAAAAGAAAACAAUUAUUGGAAAGACCUGGAUUAUUUGCCAUCAAACAAGGUAUGAUUACAUGGUUCACUGCAAAAGGUGAGCAAAUACCAGCAACUGUAUUAGAAAUAGACUCAUGUGAAGUCAUAGAUCAUAAAACUUCAAAAGAGCAUGGAUACGAUGCAAAUGUCAUAGGAACUAUAGACAAAUUAAAAAAUUAUCCAAGGCCACAUGAAUUAAAAAUGUUUGAAGAAGCGGGUGUAUCACCAAAACAUAAAUUUGGAGAGUUCAGAGUACGUGAUUCUAGCAACCUAUUACCAUUAGGUACUGAAUUGAAAGCAAGUUAUUUCGCAGUUGGGCAAUUAGUAGAUAUAAAGGGAAUAACGAAAGGUAAAGGAUUUGCUGGUGUAAUGAAAAGAUGGAAUUUCAAAGGUGGAAGAGCAACUCAUGGUGUUUCUAAAGCUCAUAGAACUCCAGGUGCAAUGGGUGGUAAUCAAAAUCCAGGUAGAGUUUUACCAGGUAAGAAGAUGCCUGGUAGAAUGGGUACAAGUAAUAUGACUGAUUUCAAUAAAGAAGUUUUACAUGUUGAUGGUGAUGCAGGAAUAUUGAUUUUAAAAGGUUGUAUUCCAGGUCCUAAUAAAGGAAUCGUCAGAGUUUCUGAUGCUUUAAAACUUUACGGCAAAUCGUUAAAUCAAUUAGCUAGAGAGUAA